UACAUUUAAUUAGUGUUAUGGCGCUAAAACAAAUAAAAUUAUGCUCUCCAGAGGGUAAUAACUUGUUGGAGAAAUGCUGGCUUGCCGGGGAACGCAAAUUGUCGACAUCACAUUUGGUAAAGUUGCGUGAUCGUCAUGAAAUUAAUUCUGUUGACGUGAUUGACUGCUGCAAUAGAAUACAGGAAUUAGUUAACGACAACCAGGCAGCUCGGCAUGAUCAUAGCAACAACAGAUUUGUUGCCUUCAAGUACAUUACACGCCUCACAUUCGGCGUUAGCUACAUACAUAGGCAACAGGUGUCCACACUGUUGGAUGAAACCAAACAUUUGAUGAACCAAAUUAAGGGCACCAACCUUAAGUUCGAUGUCGUUUCGAUCAAAAACCACGGUAAUCGAAAACGCAAGAGAGUUAUUUCUACAACAACAAUGGUGCGUUUAUCUAAGCGCUCUAGAACCGCAAGCCCGCAACUAUUGGAUGAGGAACAUGUAGAUUACUAUAGGAACAUUUUAACUGAAUCUCAAUUGUGGAGCAAAGACAGUGAAGUUAUCAACAUUAAGGAGUGUCAGACCAUUUGCACAUCGGAGCAUUUCAUUAACAUCACUCAGGAAGUGACAUUAACUGAGAUGGAUCCAAGUCUGAUGUGGAAUGACGGUUUUGGUGAACUAAAUCAAAUUGAGCAGAAAGCUCUUGAAGAUUUUCUACCAUUUAGAAACUCUUUGAAGCGCAAGUCUUCCGAUUCAGCGCCAGCCGUGGAAUGCUGCUUCAAGACGCUCAGAUUAUCAACAAAUGAAUUGAGUAGUCCCAGCUAUGCCAUUGAAUCGGUGUCCAAUGCUAAUCCGCAAGAACUCGAUCUUAUACAAGAAAUUGAGAGCAAUGCAAUGCCACCAGCGCCUACUACUCCUCAUCCACCUGCUGUUGCCAAUUCUUCACCUUCACCUCCAGUUUUAAUUUCUCCUUCACCUCUUGUUAACACUGUUCAGUCAAAAAAAUCUAAAGCUCGAAAACGACGCAAGUGUAAAUUAAAAAUUGAUAAAUGCAUAAAAAUUUCUUGUGAGACUCACAACAAGGAUCUUCAAAUCUAUUAUAAUGGAUUAGAAAACAGGAUCGAUUUUAAACCUAAGAAAGUUACGCGAAUUGAAGACCUACUGAACAGCUUCAAACAACGUCAUCUUUUUCCAGAAUGCUUGAAAGGCCGUGCAAAGGUCACCGAGCAGCAAAUGGAAGUUGACUGUGAAUACACAAUUCGAGCCAUGUUCGAUAAUGAAUACAGCGAUGUCUUGGCCAGUAAGAUUUUGAAAAAUAUUGAUGCUGUCCCCCAGCAGAUUAACUACUUAGAAGAACAUGCCGAACCCGUAAUACCAACAGCCAACUCCCCUAAGAGCCAUACAUCAGAACUGCUCCCUCGCAACAACAACAACACUAAUAAUAAUUAUAACAAUGAGUCCGAGCACCCCCAAAGUCUUAAGCACAAUAAUUUUGAUUCAUACAAGAUUAUGAUGGAUUUGCUUAGAAUUUGGAGAAAGGAUCCACACAGAAAUUCAAUUGAUGCCAACCAGUUUGUCAAAUCGUUUCCGAAUCGCAUUACAGCCGCCUUGGCUUUUAGCCAUUUGUUAUCCCUUUCACGUGAUGGGUUUAUUCAGCUCUUCACAAAACUGGAUUCUAUGGAAAUUGAUACAAUUACUUUGGGCCCGGAGUCCCUUAAACUUAUCGAAAAUAUUUCAGAACUUAAACAAAUUUAAUUAGUAAAUAAGUAAUUUUUUGUUUUCUUAUGUAAGGAUUCUGUUUUCAAAAUUUGAAUCUCUUCAAUUUGUAGGAAUUAGGAAUUGUGAAGCUCAUAAUGCUUUUCAGGAUAAUUUAAAAAUUUUGCAAAUUUAAUUAGCAAAUCAAUCCCGUUUAAUUUUUUUUCGUCAAAAUUCGAAUCUUUUGUAAAUGACUUUGGGGUCGCUAUUCAAAUGUUUGAGUCCUUAAGAACAAACUAAAUAGUUAUUUCUUGGUUUUUUUUUUUUGUGAAGAUUUACAAAAUUGUAAUCUUUUGAAACUGAAUUAAUUACUAUGGGCCAUUAGCCUAUUUAAAAUAUUU